CACAAGGAAAAAGAGAAACAUAGGAAAGAAAACAAAAGAAAACAAAACCCUAACUAUAAUCUUCUCAACGAUUCAGAAGAAGAAAAAUGGCGGAUAACUCGGAUAACCCAUCAACUCCAGGUUCUGCUGGGUUCAGCACAGAUCGACUUCCGCCGAAUUCUGAAACCACCUAUUCCGACGAAGAAGCCGAAGUCGAUCCUAGAAUCGUCCCAGAUGAACCAGAGGGAGAAAAUCUCGAAGAAGAAGAAGAUGGAGAGGAUCUUUAUAACGAUAACUUCAUGGAUGAUUAUCAACCCAUGGGUGAACAUGAUCAGUAUGAACGUGUGGGACUUGAUGAUUCGAUGGAAGAUGAGAGAGAUUUGGAUCAGAUUAUGGAGGAUAGAAGAGCUGCUGAAGUUGAACUUGAUGUUAGAGAUGGAGAUGGUGAGGAUGGUGAAGAUGGGCGUAGAACUAAUCGGAAGCUUCCUCGUAUUCUACAUGACCAAGACACAGACGAGGAUAUUAGUUAUAGACGUACAAAGAGGUCCAGAGCCAGGCCUCCAGAACCUAGAAGCUAUGAUGAUGACGGUACACCAAGUUCACCUGGAAGAUCUCAAGGUGGUGGACACUCAAGAGAUGAUAUACCAAUGACUGAUCAGACAGAUGACGAGCCAUAUGAGGAUGAUGAUGACGAUGAAGGUGAAUUCGAGAUGUAUCGAGUCCAAGGGAUACUGAGGGAGUGGGUUACUCGAGAUGAAGUGCGUCGUUUAAUAGCUAAGAAAUUUAAAGAGUUUUUGCUGACAUAUGAGAACUCAAGAAAUCAGCAAGGAGACUUUGAGUACAUCCGACUUGUAAAUGAGAUGGUAUCAGCUAAUAAAUGCAGCUUGGAGAUCGAUUACAAGCAAUUCAUUUAUGUUCAUCCCAACAUUGCCAUCUGGCUUGCUGAUGCACCUCAGUCUGUUCUUGAGGUUAUGGAAGAUGUUGCUAAGAGCGUUGUUUUUAAUCUACAUCCGAACUACAAGAAUAUUCAUCAAAAGAUAUAUGUGCGGAUAACCAACUUACCAGUCUAUGAUCAGAUACGUAACAUAAGGCAGAUCCAUUUGAACACCAUGAUCCGUAUUGGAGGAGUUGUAACACGAAGAUCCGGUGUUUUUCCCCAGCUGCAGCAAGUGAAGUAUGAUUGCAGUAAAUGUGGGUCGGUUCUUGGACCAUUUUUCCAGAAUUCAUAUUCAGAGGUGAAAGUAGGGUCAUGCCCUGAAUGCCAAUCAAAAGGACCGUUCACCGUCAAUAUCGAGCAGACAGUCUAUAGAAACUACCAGAAGCUUACACUUCAAGAGAGUCCAGGGAUUGUUCCGGCUGGUCGGCUUCCAAGAUACAAAGAAGUGAUACUCUUAAACGAUCUUAUAGAUUGUGCUCGCCCUGGAGAAGAAAUUGAGGUCACCGGUGUAUAUACAAAUAAUUUUGAUUUAUCUUUGAACACAAAAAAUGGCUUUCCUGUUUUUGCCACCGUUGUUGAAGCAAACUAUGUCACCAAGAAGCAAGAUCUUUUUUCUGCUUACAAACUUACCCAGGAAGACAAAGAUGAAAUUGAGAAGCUGGCCAAGGAUCCCAGGAUCGGGGAAAGGAUCGUUAAGUCCAUUGCACCAUCAAUUUAUGGGCACGAGGACAUUAAAAUGGCGCUUGCUCUUGCAAUGUUUGGAGGCCAAGAGAAGAAUGUUGAAGGUAAACAUAGAUUACGAGGGGACAUAAACGUACUCCUCCUUGGUGACCCCGGAACUGCGAAAUCACAAUUUCUCAAGUAUGCUGAGAAAACAGGGCAGAGAGCUGUUUACACAACUGGUAAAGGAGCUUCUGCUGUUGGGCUCACAGCAGCAGUGCACAAGGACCCUAUAACACGAGAAUGGACACUUGAGGGAGGGGCUCUUGUCCUUGCUGAUAGAGGGAUUUGUCUCAUUGACGAGUUUGACAAGAUGAAUGAUCAGGAUAGGGUGAGUAUCCAUGAAGCCAUGGAGCAGCAAAGUAUUAGCAUAUCAAAGGCUGGAAUCGUCACUUCUCUCCAGGCUCGCUGCUCUGUCAUUGCUGCUGCAAAUCCGAUUGGAGGAAGAUAUGAUUCUUCCAAGACCUUUUCGCAAAAUGUUGAAUUGACAGAUCCUAUCAUCUCUCGUUUCGAUGUCCUCUGCGUUGUUAAGGACGUGGUUGAUCCAGUGUUGGAUGAGAUGCUUGCUGAAUUUGUUGUUGAAAGCCAUUCCAAGUCACGGGCCAAGGGUGCUAACUUGGAUGAUAUGCCUGUGAGCAAUUCCCAAGCAGAUCCUGAUGCAUCUGCUGAACCAGUUGAUCCUGAGAUACUUUCUCAAGAUAUGCUUAAGAAGUAUAUAACCUAUGCCAAGUUGAACGUGUUCCCAAGGUUGCAUGAUGCUGACUUGAACAAGGUCACAGAAGUUUAUGCUGAACUGCGUAGAGAGUCAUCGCAUGGACAAGGAGUUCCAAUAGCAGUGAGGCAUAUAGAGUCGAUGAUAAGAAUGUCUGAGGCACACGCAAGAAUGCACCUAAGACAGCAUGUGAAACAGGAUGACGUGGACAUGGCAAUUAGAGUUCUACUUGAUUCCUUCAUUUCAACACAAAAGUUCGGGGUCCAGAGAGCUUUACAGCAGAGUUUCAAAAAGUACAUGACAUUUAAGAAGGAUCACAAUGGUAUUCUCAUCCACAUGCUGCGUGAGCUGGUGAAGGAUGCAUUGCACUUUGAAGAACUUGUAAAUGGGUCUACUGCUGGACUUACCCAGAUUGAAGUCAAGGUGGAGGAGUUGCAAAGCAAGGCACGGGAUUACGAAAUAUAUGACCUGAAGCCCUUCUUCAGCAGUCCCCAAUUCUCUACAGCCAACUUCCACUUAGAUGAAGAAAGGGGCGUGAUAAAACAUCAUCUUGCAGGAUGAGAAAGCACAAGAUGCUGCUGCAUGGUUUCCAAGUAACUUGGUUGUUGAACGAUAGUGGAUUUGCUGCGGCAUGGUUUCCAAGUAACUUGGUUGUUGAAUGAUAGUGGAUUUGUUUGUUAAUCUAUGGACUUUAACUUGCUCAGAGGGUCUAUCUAAACGGGCAAUGAGGAAAAGUUUCAAAUAUUGGAACUUGAGAAUUUGUUGCUUAAACAUUCAAAUAUUACUGGCCUGAUAACUGUAUGUUAAGUUAUAUCUAUUUAUCAACCAGUAGUUUAAUUCUUAUCCAA